GAUCUCUUCUUUAGCCUAUUGGACUUUGCAUUUGUGACAACUGAAUAUCUAAAAUGAAAUUUGUAUUUGGAUUCUCUAAUCUAUCUACAUGCAUACACAUCCAAUCCGACCGACCCCCUUUAGAAGCAAUUUUUGUUCGUCAAACAUUCCUCAAACUGUCACUCUCAAUCGGGCAAUACCUCUCGGAAAACCAACCAAUAUCAAUAUUCCAUUUCCUCCAUCCCUUCCUUACCUCUCCCUGAUAAAUCUCAACAUGCAUAGCGAGCACAUCAUCCAUUCUCUCCAAUCUAUUCUCAAGCAACGAACCAACCCUCACCCACUCUCAAAUCUAUAUCAUCCUCCCAUCCAUCCCAUCCAUCCAAUCACCACACCCAUCUCGUCUACCAACUCCACUCACAAACAUGACCGACUACAAAAUGUACAACCACCCAUCGUAUGCAAUGAGUAAACACCAAAUGACAUCCAGACAGCCAACCAACCCAGCCGACGAACUAUCAACGGCGAACGGAAUCCCUGGAAGAAAGUAUACCUACCGGAUACCGUAUUCUACCUACUUACCGGGUAGUUUCAACAUACGCCUGCCUAGCUAGCUUACUAAUACUAUCUGUAUGUAUUAAAUGUAAAAUACUCUCUCUGCAAUAAUGCGCAAACGAAUGAACGAACGAACGAACGAAUGACUAGGAGGGGAGGGGAGGGGAAUCGAUAUCGAUGGAGCAGAGCUAAUAACGAAAUAAACAAUGCGUGCGUUUCUUAGAUAUGAUAUGAUGGGAUAUUUAGCCA